AUGGCGAAUGAACUUAAGGAUAUUAACGAUAUCGUAAAAAAAUGUAAAAUUUUGCUUUUGGACAUCGAAGGAACAACAACAUCGAUCAGCUUUGUUAAGGAUAAGUUAUUUCCGUAUGCAGAGGAAAAAGUAAAACAGUUUCUUGAAAGCCAGUGGGAACAAGAUGAUGUUAAAGAAGCUGUUACAGCUCUCCGGAAACUUGCUUUGGAAGAUAAAGAGAAAAGUGUCGAUGGAGUUGUCAAUAUUCCUGGAGAGGAUGCAUCAAAGGAGGAUCAGAUUGAGGGUGUGGUGAAUAAUGUGAAGUGGCAGAUGUCUGCUGACCGUAAGGCGGGCCCAUUAAAGCAGCUUCAGGGGCUCAUCUGGAAGCAAGGCUAUGAUAAUGGUGAUAUUAAGGGGCACGUUUAUGAUGACGUAUCACCGGCCCUUGAGCAAUGGCAAUCUGUUGAAGGACAAAAAGUCUAUAUUUACUCUUCUGGUUCAGUCCAAGCACAGAAGCUGCUCUUUGGUCAAUCUGAAGCGGGAGAUCUCCUACGAUUCAUAGAAGGACACUUUGACACCGCUGUUGGCGCUAAGCAGGAGGCGGACAGUUAUUCUGCGAUAGCGGAGAGUAUUGGCUGCAAACCUGAUGAGAUUCUGUUCCUUACUGAUGUUGUAAAAGAGGCGGAGGCGGCGCGCGCGGCAGGGCUGCACGCGGCGCUGGUGAGCCGCGAGGGCAACGCGCCGCUACCCGCCGGCGCCGGUGCCGCCUUCGCCGUGCUGCACAGCCUGGCGCAGCUCGCCUCCAACAAGCGCAAGACCGAAGCACAGGACGAGCUGCCCGCAAAAAUUGCCAAAACUGACAACGAGGGCAAUGCCAAAAGUGAACCAGACGUAGAGCCUGUCAUCUCCGCCAGUGUAGAAAAAGAAAUCAAGAAAUCAGAAAAAAUGGAAGUGGAGGAAGAAGAAAAAGUUAUUAGUUCUGCAAAAGAAGUAAAGGAACAAAAAGAAGCUGAGGCUGCAUGUGUAGUAACAGAGACCAUUGUUGAAGAAGUUACUGAUGAACCAAUGGAUAUUCCUGUAGCUGAUGUAGAACCUAUUGUCAUUGAAGAGAUUGUAGAGAAUACUGAAAAGAAAAAGACCGAUGAAAUGGUAAUUGAUUCCACAAAAUCCGAACCGUCUACGACUGAAUCCAAAGGAAAGGAAGAUAUGGUUGAUGAAAGGAUAAAGGAGAAUUCGCCUAAGAAGGCUGCUCCUGUUGCCGAAGAAACUCCGCCCACCGUUAUUACUGAAAUCGAAGAAGUAACAAUGAAAAAGUUUUAG